AACAUGACAGAUAUAGAAGAGCAGGUGAUUUUCCAGCGUAUAUUGAGGUUGAACGAGCAGAGAUUUAUGGCCCGGCUGUCUAAUGUAGAAGACAUAGCUGGUUUUCUACCUGCCAAGUGCCACCAACCCCUGGCCAGCAGGAACUGGGCUAGCAUGUUGUUUAGGCGUCAGACAGAGGUCAAGAUUAAAGUCAAUCGG